CAGUUAGGAAAGAAAUGUGAAGCCACAGAAUCUAACAUGUUUCCUAAAUCAACGGUCAUGAUUGAUUUAGAAUAGUCUUUCUUUGACCAAGUCUAAUCACUAAACCUAAAAUAAAAAAAUAAAUAAGCAACAAACGAAGGCAAAUGCUUCUUUGUUUCUUACAAUCUCACAACACAAAAUGGCUAACUCAAACGAUUGGUCUCACCUCUACAACAACAACAACAACCAAACCUUCUACACAACUUCCACCAUCACUUCAACCGCCGUCGCAACUACCACAGCCGCUUCUCCCUCCGGUGAAGCCACCUCCAUGGACUCACGUCUCAGUCCAGAAACAGGCCGUGUAACCAAACCGGCACGUAGAAGAUCAAGAGCCUCACGUAGAACGCCAACAACACUUCUCAACACGGACACAUCCAACUUCCGUGCCAUGGUUCAGCAGUUCACGGGCGGUCCAUCCGCUAUGGCUUUCGGGUCAGGUAAUACCACUUCAGGUUUUAGCCUUACCUCUUCGUCGGAUCCAUCUGCCGGAUCUUCCCAACAAGUUCCUUGGCAAUAUAGUAGUUACCAGCCUUACGCGCCGCCUCCACCACAACGGCCUUAUAUGUUCUCGGUAAACAACGUGAAUCCCAUCGUUGGUUAUAGUAACAUGAACAACCCUACUACGGUGGUUCCCGGGGUGUUUGGAACGGCGGACGGUGGAGGAGGAGGUUCUGCUCCGUCUGCUCAAGAAGCCAUGAAUAGUAAUACGUCGUCUUCGAGGCUGCAAUGA